GUGCCAUACCUGCCCAGAAAGAACGACGCCGAAGAACGGGCAUUCUAAAACGCUCGUGAGACGCUGUCAUCGCGGAGCAAGCAAGCGUUCACGGCUAUCCUGCAGCUCGUCGGUCAAAUUGCACGUUGGCGUCUCGACGACUGUAUGCGUCAAGAUGAUGUUCCUCCAGCCAAAGCGCGGUUACGCGCCCAGCCACAAACGGCUCUUCACCGAAGCUUGGAGAGAUUCCACGCACAGCGACGAUGAGCGCGAAAUGUCGGGUCCGCUCCGCCCCGUCAUCGUCGGCGUUCUUCUGCUGACCGCGUUCUACGUCAUCAGGACGUACGGCCCCGUGCAGACCUCUCCGCGAGAGGGCGGCACCUUCAACCGUGCGGCCGCCGCGUCGAACGGCUCGCAGAGCUCGGUCGCCGACACCGAGUUCUCCCCGUUCUGGCUGACCGCCGAAGAGGAGAGUCGCACCGACUACGCCGUCUGGCGGCUCAACGCGUCCGUUCGCUGGCGUCAGACCCAUUCGUGGGCCUACACGUGCGGUGUGUUCGUGGACCAACGCGUGAGGCCCACGCUCAUCCGCUUCCUGCUGCUGGCCCCGACAGAGCAGCUGGUGCCUUCGUAUGGCCCCAACGGCACCAACUACGGGAAGUACGACUGCAUCUUCCUCAGAAGGGACGUCACGCCCGAGCGAGGCACGUUCUUGGUCGAGACGCGCGAUCGCCACCCGGACGAGGCGCACGUGCCGGUCUACCGGAACGGCAGCGCCAGGGUCGAGCUCUGCGUCGGCGACGACCCUCGGACCAACUGCUCGUACCUGUGGAGCACCGAUGUGGUGGUGAAGAGCGCGGCGAGCGUGCCGGUCGGCGGACUCACGAGCGCCCCCUACGAACCUGUGCUCGCAACGUGCGCGGUGCCCGAGGACGCCAGCGCUCGCCUGGUGUCGCUCGUGUACCGCCGCGAGGAGAGCGCCUUCUGGUUCGUUCCCCGCAAGCUUCACUUCGGCGUCAGGAAACAGAGAGCCUCGGUCGGCGUCUGCGUGCCGCCCUGGAUCUCCGAGGACGGCGUUAAAGCACAGCGCGACCUGCUCGAAUACGUGGCCUACUACGCGGCGCUAGGGGCGCGCCACUUCAACGUCUACGUGAACGCGACCGACCAGCGGACGUUGGCGUUCCUCCUGGCGCUCAGGAAGCGAAGCCCGGUGAGCCUCACCUACCGGUCGUGGCCCGGCGUUCCGGCUGGCAGCAGCCUGGCUUUCGCUGAAGCUGCGCUCGUCAUGGACUGCGCCUUCAGCUACGCCGACACGCCCAUCGAAUACGUCACCACAGUCGCCCUGCGAGAGUUUGUCGUCCUACGUAAGGCGUCGAGCUUCGGUGACUUCCUCUCCAAGGCGGCGUUCGCCAACGCGACCUCGUUGACGCUGCUCAGUCAGCCCUUCACCACAGAAGGAUCGCCGGGCACGGACGACAUGUUGCUGGCACAGCGAGACAGGCUGCGCGUGCGACCCCUGCUGGAUCCACCGGGAAGAACCUCGAGGGUUUUUCUCAAGGCCACGCGCAUUGUGGAGGCCGACGCCGCCCAGGUCUACCACGCACUACAGCCCAAUCCAAUCACCGUGGACAGCGAGGAGGCGAUCGUGCUGCGGUACGUGACGACACUGAAUGACGUCACCGGAAGGGACGAGGCUGUCGCCUACUCUGACUUCUCCAACUACACGAACGAGGACUCGAGCCUGGCCAAGUGGCAAACGCAGAUGUCGAGCUUGUCGCCGCUUCUGUGGUUCCGUUGGAACCCGAAGACGAAGAAAGACUGGCGCUUAAUUCGAGACGGCACGCCCCUCUAAAUGGCAAACUAUAUAGACAGACCGUUGCGACACGCCUACAACGUGUUCCACCCAAAUUGUUACCGGAAGCGCGCAGUUCAACGAAGGACAUUUUUUAUUACCGUGGCUUGAAGACAGAAAGAAAAUAGAAUACUUGG